CUUCAUCCACGGAAUAGAGGGGAGGACUCCGUAGCCACGUUUCUCUUUACAGUCUGCCGUGACAAUUGGAUUAUUUCGCGAUGAUGCAUAUGAAGAGGAGUUUCGGAGAGAAAUUAUUGAGCGUAAAGGGCAUCAAGGAUAAAAUGAGAUGCAGCUGUCUUUAAUCAAUGCAGUUUUAAUGGAGUUCAGCUCUGCUUGUCAAGACCCUCUCUAUUUCUCUUCUGUGGUUUUAAAAUGGUCGGCUAAAGAGUACCUGUCGUCCGGGAUCCUUUUACAUUUAUUACAUGGAUACUCGUAUGUGCGAAAUGCAAAGAACUAGUUAAACAUGCUACAUCACCUUAUUUACAGAUGACUGAAAAGCGGGAUAAACAGCGGGAAUAGCCGCCCUGUGUUUGGAUAAAAAAAUGGAACGUACAAUUAGGUAAACGGCACUUUCUUCUUUUACUUUACCUCAGCAUUAGUCCUUUUCUUACACGACGGCAGUGCUUGUAAAGUGAGCCCACCAAAACGUUCUUUAUUUCCACGUGGCGAUGAAGACUGUUUUUUAAGUUUAAGACAAAGAAAGUCUUGAAUGAAAUAUUUUCAAAAGCAGCUCAGUAGUUCCCAACAAACAGCAUGAAUAACGGGACGAAUUUCCUAAUCGAUAUUGUAUUACUAGAGGUUUGGUCUCUAUGCUAAUGAGCCAAACCAUCCCCGUCUCUGACAAGCAGCCCAGGUUGAUCAAACCGCGGCGGCGACAGCUCUGAGGCUGCAGCUCUGCACAGUACAAGGAAUAAAGGAAACCGAAACAUCAUGCCGACAGUUUUAUUGCCUGUGUACGCGUUCAGUUGUUUUUGCACUUCGAUAUACAAAGCAAGCCAAACAGGCAGGCGAAGUAAAUAAAUAAAUAAAUAAAUAGAUAGAUAGCUUGUCUCUUUCAAAAUUACUCCCAGUCUAAUCCGGAAGUCUUAAUUUUUUUUUUCUUCAACAAACAUGGCCGCUAAAUCUGACGGAGCAGCAGUAUCUGUGCAGAACGUGAAUCCGUCCCGGAGCCCUGAUCGCCUGCACCAAGCCCACCGUCAUCGUACCGAGCAGCGCUACUCCUUGCUGGACUGCUGUUGGGUGCUGUGCGCCUUGCUAGUCUUCUUCUCAGACGGUGCCACGGACCUGUGGCUGGCGGUGGACUACUACCUUAAGCGAGAUUACUGGUGGUUCGGACUCACGCUGGUCUUCGUGGUAGUCCCUUCAGUGGUCGUGCAGGUGUUAAGUUUCAGGUGGUUCGUCUACGAUUACUCGGAUCACAAUGCCCGCACGGCGGCGGCUGCUGCAGCAGCAGGAGGGGAUUUUAAUUUCAGCACCAAGAACAGCGACCCGCGGAGAGGUCCUGGAAGUAGCAUGGGGGCAAGGGCAGUGCCCGCGACGGGCAGCAGGAGCGGUGCCCAGAGCUGCUGCCGAGUUUGUAUGUGGUGUUUCCAGUCUAUUGUGCAUGUUCUGCAACUCGGCCAAGUCUGGAGGUAUCUGCGCACUCUGUAUCUUGGUGUCCAGAGUCGGUGGCGGAGUGAACAUGAGCGCCGUCACUUCUACUGGAGAAUGAUGUUUGAAAGCGCUGACAUCAACAUGCUACGACUUCUGGAGACUUUCCUGAAGAGCGCCCCACAGCUUGUUCUGCAGCUUAGCAUCAUGAUCCAGAGAAUUGAAAUUGAACCUCUACAGGGUUUGUCUGCCUCAGCCUCACUAGUGUCGCUGGCUUGGAUGAUUGCCUCAUAUCAGAAGGUCCUGCGGGAUUCCCGGGAUGAUAAAAUGUCAAUGUCCUACAAAGCUGUCAUCAUCCAAAUCCUGUGGCAUCUCUUCACAAUCGGCGCCCGUACGAUAGCAUUUGCGCUCUUUGCGUCAGUUUUCCAGCUGUACUUUGGAAUCUUCAUUGUCAGCCACUGGUGCAUCAUGACUUUCUGGAUCAUCCAAGGAGAGACAGACUUCUGCAUGUCUAAGUGGGAGGAGAUCAUCUACAAUAUGGUAGUGGGAAUCAUCUACAUUUUCUGCUGGUUUAAUGUUAAAGAGGGACGGACUCGCUACAGAAUGUUCAUCUAUUAUUUCAUUACACUGACAGAAAAUGCUGCUUUGACAGUACUAUGGUAUUUGUACCGGGACAAGGAGACCACAGACGUCUAUGCUUUAAUCAUAUUAUGUGUGGUGGUCUGCAGCUUUGCUCUUGGAAUGUUUUUCAUGUUCGUAUACUAUUGUCUGCUUCACCCAAAUGGACCAAUGUUCGGGUCACAGUUGGGAUGUAUAGGAGAGGAGAGGCAGUUGCCAUGUGAAAUACCACCAGAUGUUAUCACAAGCCCUCCUAGGUCUCUGCAAAGGACUAUGGGAAUGGAUAGAGAGCAGGUUCCAGGGGACCGAGACAGCUGCCUACCUGUUUUUCAGGUUAGGCCAAGCAUUCCUCCUACUCCAGUAUCCCGCACACCACGGACAGAAGGGCCAGUUAUUCGGAUAGACUUGCCCAGGAAGAGAUACCCAGCCUGGGAUGCCCACUUCAUUGACCGCCGAUUACGUAAAACAAUUCUAGCCCUGGAGUACACCUCGCCUGUCACUCCAAGACUACAAUACCGUACCAUCUGUGCUCCUAAGGAAGUGAUGGAAUAUGAGACCACAGUGUAGGCAGGCAUAUAUGUGGUCAAUAGCCUGUCCGAGAAGUAUUCCUUUCCCCAGGAGUGGAAGGAAAUCGUUAACGUCAAGAUAGGGUGGGGAGCAGACGGAGACCCUUACCUGAUGUGUUAUUUUCUGGAGUACAGAAAUGGAUUAUGUUGGGCAUGAAUUUGACUAAAGGCAAAUGCUUGUGUGACUAGCACUAAGUGAGACUCUGCUGUUGUGAUAGUACCUGUCUGAUCAGUAUCAGCCGUUUUUCGAUUUAACCGCCCAGAACAAAAAGAAUGAAAAUUGGAUGACUAACCAUGUGAAUGUGAUGAGUCCAUAUAAUAUAAGGCAUUUUUAUCAUAGCACUGAUUUAAUUUAAUUGGUAAGGGAGGUAUUGCAAGCCAAGACACAUGGUGGUUUUUAGGAGUAGGAGAAGAAAGAUAUACAAUGUGUAUGUGUUUAAAAAAAAAUAUAUAAGGGCCUGGUUAGCCAACCACAGAACAUUUUGUGUAACCAGUUUUUUAACGUCUGCCUUAAUUUGGGUUGUCACUGAUGACAAAUUAAAUCUUCUUUUUCCAAGAUAUUACUAAUACUGAUUAGUCUUUUAGAAACCAUGAAUUGGCAAUGAAGAAUUAUAUUGUACACAACAGAUGCAAAAUCAUUCAGAAAAUCAUUAAAUGCAGAUUGACAAACAGUGAGAGACUUGAAAAAAACCAACAUACGUACAUACGGUGGGGUCUGAUUAUUUGAUAAAUGGGUAUCCUGACAACCAUUGCAAUUGAAUAAGUCCACCGACUUAAUGAGGAUUUCUGCAUAAUCUGCAUUUUAUGAAAUUUUAACACUAGAUCCCACAUCAAGAAAAUAAAGUAGAUAUUGAAAUGCAUAUCCAGCUAAUCAUCAAUAAAGAUGCUGGAGAACUCAAAACCCUGGAGUAGAGUCCGAGAGCGAGAGGCAUAUAUUCAGAGUUGGAACUAUUAAGAAAAGCAUCUUCAUGCAGACGGUAAUUUGAGCUUGACACUGCUCCUCUGUUCUUGGUUAGGUCGAGCAGGUUAAUUGUUGUUUGCUUUACCAAGGUGAAAUUAUACUGAGCAAAUACAGAACAACAAAGUAGUAACACGUCUUUCAAAUUUAUAUAAAGGUUAAAUAUGUUUGUUUAACGAAAUUCUAAGCAGAAGUAUAUAUCUUCCUAUGUACCAUGUACUGUACAGUAUAUAUGUACUCUGUGUACAGCAUAUCCUAAGAAAGGUGGACAAGUUUUCACUAGAUUGUGACAUUUUAACAAGAAGAACAGUCUAGCAUGAAAGCAGAGUUGAUUAUCUUGAAGGAAAAACAGAAAACAACUUCAAAAAAAGUGGAGGAUGCACAAUAGCUUUAUGGAAAACAAGAGAGCACUCGGUAUCAAUGAGUUGUCCAUUGGUGCUACUGUACUUCUGAGCCUUGUACAAUCAGCAGUGUCGUUCACCACCAGUACAGCGAGGCCUUACUCUUGUCCAUUUGUCAUGGCCAGACUGUUGCUUCUCACUGUAAAAAA